CAAGAUGGCGGUGUAGUUGGAGACGUAUUUUUGCCAGCUCGGCAGCUAUGAUAACUAAAAUAAUUAUGUUUCGAUGAACGUAAAGUUAUGAUUUUUUCGAUAUAAGCAUGAAAUUUUGAGGAAUAGUUUUAUAUUUGAAAGAAAGAUUAGAAGUUAAGAUGGCCGAUAUAGAUCUGGAAAUGGCUGAACAGCAAAAGCUCAUUGAGCAUCUUAAGAUCAUGAUCAGAGAGAGAGAAGAAUCUCUACAGAAAAAAGAUGCUGAACUUAAAGAGUCCACUGCUAAAAUGUCUAAAAUGAAAUUGCAAGCCAAGGCUCAAGUAACAAAAUUAACACAUCAACUAGAAGAUGCAAAGAAAGGAAUGACACCAGAAGUAGAAGCAAGUUCCAAAUCUAAAUCUGGCCAAGAAGUUGUAGAGAGUACAAGUCAGAUAGAUAGAGGCAAAACGAAAUUGUUACAAAAGAAACUGGAAGAAAAAGAUAAAAUCAUUGCAGACAAAGAUGAAAUUAUUAAAGUUCGUGAAUCCCAAAUUGAGUCAAAGGAAAAUAUUUUAGUUGAAAGAGAAACCAUCCUUCUUGAUCUUAAAGAACAAUUAGAACAGAAAACCAGUGCAAUGGAAAAAUUACAAUCAUCGGGUCAAGGAGAUUCUGGUAUAAAUGAAAUGUAUGCUCAGAUUGUAUAUAAAGAUAAAAAAUUACUUGAAUUAAACAAUAAGAUAUUAGAAAUGGAUCGGCAAGUAAUGGAUCUUCAAGAAUAUGUUUGUGAAAAAAAUGAAGUUAUUAGAGGAAGAGAUAAAGUUAUUGAAAUCCUUCAGACUUCUUUAAAAGACAAGGACCAAAAUAUACAUGACCAAGCUAUGUUAAUAGCAAAACUUACAGCUAAAGUUGAAAAUAGUGAAGAGAAUAUAAGUUUACUAACAGAACAGCUUCAAAAAAAAGAUCACGAUCUAAAAGUAGAAACUGAAAGAUUCAGUUUGAAACUUUCAGAAUCGCACAAAUAUUUCGAAGAAACUCUUAAUGAGAGAGAAACUGAACUUAAAAGACUUCAGAAUAGUAUUACAUCUAAAGAUAAAGAUCUGUUAAUGAGUCAGAAUGAUUUACGAGAAAUCAUCAACAGACAUGAGCAUGAUAUUCAAUCCAUCAUGAACAAGGGUACUGUCAAUAUUGAAGACACUGUCAUGAAAAUGAUGGAACAAAAGAUUAAAGACAGCAAUGAAGUUUUAGAAGGCAAAAUUAAAGUAGUGGAGAUCAUGCAGUCUGAAAUGGUCAGCAAAGAUCAAGAACUAAUUCAAAAUCGCAAAACAUUGAGGACACUGAAAGAUAAACUGCAAGUGACUUCUGAACAGCUUAUGUUGUUACAGGCCAAUUUCGUUGACAUGGAAACUCAGUGGAAAGAUGAAAAAACUAAGUUAGAAACUAAAGUGAAAACAUUGGUUGAGAAACAUGAAACUGAGUUAAGUGAAAAAGAUCUCCAAAUGCAAACAUUCCAAAUGUCCUUGACUCAAUAUGAAACUGCCUAUGCACAAGCCUCUGUUCAAUAUAGUGCCUUGCAAGAGCGCUAUCAACAAGCUUACAAUGAACUUAAAAAGUCACAAGAAGGUAAACCGCCAUCUAGUCAACCAUUUUUACCUUCUUCAUCAUCAGCCGAAACUGAUGAGCUAUGUAAAAUUGUGGAUCUUCUGAAAGCUGAAAUAGCACAAAAAACAGAAGAAAUAGAAUCUCUGAAGAAGGCAUCUUCUGAAGAGAGUAAUACACCUAGUAAAUCUGAUAAAUCUGAAACUAAGAUGUUAAAGAUGAAAGCCCAAUUGACAUCAAAAAUAAAACACCUUGAAAAGGAACUUUUAGGGCUUAGACAGGGAAGUAAUCUUGCAGAUGAAAUUGUUACUUUAAAGAAUCAGUUGGUUGAGUUAGAAGAUGAAAAGGGUAACUUACAGUUAAAACUUGUUGACUUUGAAGAACAGAAGACUUUACAAGUUCAACUUGAAAGUCAGAUAAAAGACCUUGAGAGUGAAAAAGAAACUUUAAAUGUAAAUAUAUCCGAACUGACAUCUAGUCUUCAAGCUGCUAAUGAUGAAAGGGAAAAACUUAGUCAGAUUGUAACAGAUUUACAAGAUAAUGUUGAUCAGAAUCAGGUUGAACAUGAUAAUAAACAGACUCAAAUAGUUGAACAUUUGACUCGACAAGUCUAUGAUUUACAAUUGAUAUGUAAGAAUCUGGAAGUUGAGAAUGAACAAGUAAAAUCACGCUGUAUAGACCUAGAAAAACAAACAGAAGAAAGUGAAAUAUACAAGAAUCAAACCGAAUCUGAUCUAAUUUCUAUGAAAGUGAAAAUAGCUAAUUUUGAAUCAACUGUAACAAAUCUUCAAGAUUCUGUCAGUGAACAGACUGAGAAAAUUUCAUGUCUGGAAGCUGAAAAAGUUUCGUUGCAAGUAAAGAUGGUGGAAACAGAAGAACUGAGAGAAGCAACAGAAAAAGACAAAGAGGAACUGAAUGAUGAAAUUAAAAGGCUUAAAGAAAAGAUAGAAUAUGAAAUGCAGCCUAAUAUAGCUUUUGAAAAAGAAAAUGAAGAAUUACAGCAAAAGAUACAAGAACUACAGCAAAAAUUAUGCCUGUCCACUGACAACGAAGAACUUCAAAAAGAGAAAAUACUUAGUCUAAAUGCCGAUUUAGAAGACAUUACAAUUAAACAAGAUGAUCUUAUCAAAGAUCUGGAAACCAAAUCACAGGAGUUACGAUUAGCUGCUGAAACUAAGUCUCUGAUUGACCAAGAACUGGGCACAACCAAACAGAAACAAGAAAUUCUUGACCAACAGCUAAAGAAUUACCAAGCUGAACUUCAAGCUGCCAGGAAGGAAUGUGAAGAACAACGACAGCAGUAUGAAUUGGUUGAGCAAAAUUUAAAAUCCGAAAAAGACAAUUUACACAUAGAAAUUAAAGAUAUACUUGGCAAGAAUGAAGUUUUAGAUGGAGAUGUUCACUUCCAUUCUCAAGAUGCUGACCAGAAACAAUUGAAAAUAAAGGAAUUACAAAAUAUAAUUACCACAAAAGAUGAGGAAAUAGAACAUUUUCAAAUUUCAUUAAAAGAAAAAUCAAACUCUAUCACAGAACUAGAUCUCCUUGUGAAAAAAUUAUCCAGAGAUUUAGAUAUUGCUAAAGAGGGUCAAAGUGAAAAAGGUGCUGAGUUUGAACAGAAAUCCCAAUCCUUAGUAUCACAGAUAUCUGAGCUAGAGUCUGAGUUAGUCAAUCAACAAAAGUCUUAUUUAGGUUUACAAGAGGAUUUAACUAAACUACAAUCCGAGCUUCAGUCAACCAAAUCUGAGUCUCAAAAUUUCAAAUUAUUAUCUAGUGAAAAAGACAAUGAAAUUUCCUCUUUGAAGUUACAGCUUGAAAUUCUUUCGGAUCAUGAAAAAUCCACACUUGACCAAAUGAAAAAUGAAAAAGACAAUCAACAGCAAAUAGAAAAUGAAAACACCAGGUUGAAGUCAGAAAUCAAACGACUUGAAUCUGAACUUAAUGAGUCACAAAAUCUUAGUGUAAAUUUAAGUGCAAAAUGUGAUGAAUUAACUCAUUUGUGUGAAACUCAAAAUAAAACUGUAACUGAAUUAACUAAUGAAUUAUCUGGGGUUAAAAGUGUAUGUAGUGAUAGUGAAAGUGCCCUUCACGACUUAAAACUGAAAUUGGAGGAAUACAAACUUUCUGUGAAAAAUAAGGAAACUGAAAUCAUAUCAGUUUCUAAAAAUCAUCUUUCAGAAACCACACAGUUGCAAUCUCAAAACGAAUCAUUACAAAUUGACUUUUCUAACCUCCAAAGACAAUUUGAUAGUGAAGUGAGGGACUUAAAUAUUCAGCUUAGUGAAAAAGAGCAAAUCUUAAAUCAGUUAUCAGCUUCUGUGGACUCUGAAUCUUCAGUGACUAAAACUUUACUGGAAGAAAAAGAUUCUAAAAUCCAAACACUAUCUGAAGAACUUAAACAAGGAUGUGUGUACAGCGACUCUCUUUCCCAAAGUGUUGAAAAAUUGGAAGCUGUUAUUUCAUCUAGUCAGACUGAUCUACGUGAAAAGUCAGAUUUGUGUUCAGAAAAGGACAGUCAAAUUCUGAUUCUUAAUGCAGAUAUCCAAGAGUCUAUGUUGAAAAUAUCAAACCAGGAAUCAUUAAUUCAGAAGAUCAUCGAUGAAAAAUCACAGGCUAUUAACAAGCUCAGCCUCAUGGAACAGCACUUAGAGGAGAAAACUGUAAAGGUGAGACAACUGACUGACUCUAACACUCUUCUUUUACAGCAGUGUGAUGAAUUAAAUAUUAAAGUAACUGAUUUAGAAAAUAUAAUAAGUGUGAGUAAAAGUGACAUUCUAGUCUCUAAAGAAAAAAUUAGUGAAUUAAACAUUGAAAUUUUGAAUUUAACAGAACAUAUAAAUUCCAAAGAAAUUACAUUAACAAGUGCUAAGAAACAAUUGGAUUUAGGGCAGAAAGAACUUUCUGAUUUAAGUCAAAAUUUUGAAAGGUCAUCACAAGAAAACCAGAAACUUUGUGUUGAGUUAUCAGUUAAUCAAGACACCAUACACAAACUUAACAUGCAAAUAGACACUCAGAAUUACGAACUUUGUGAAAUGAAAAAUAAGUGUGAGAAUCUUAUUAGUCAGAAUGCUAGUUUGAAAGAAGGGAAUAUGUCCAGUAAGAAUGAAUGUUCCAUGUUGCAUGAGAAACUAAGUAAACUCAAUACAGUCUGUAUUCAGAAGCAUGAAGAAAUUUCCUCUCUCAAUGCAAGUCUACAGAGCAUGUCUUUAUUUAUAGAGAAACAAAACUCAGACUCUAGUAAUCAGAUACAAACUCUAAAAGAACAGUUGCAUGAUUUCAACUCAAUAAUUUCUAACAAAACCACAGAGAAUGAAACACUCAUACAAAAAGUGGAAACUGUUAAGGAAGAAUAUAAAACCUUGCAUGAAAGCUAUCUUAACCUUGAAUGUGAAAUGAAAGAUAUGAAGUCUGUGCAUGAAACAAUGACAGAAAAGUUGGGAACAAUAUCAGUUGAAUAUGAAAAUCUUGAAUCCCUAUUCAGUGAACAAGAAAACAAGCUAAUUAAAAAAGACAGUUGUAUUAAACAGAUGGAAAAAGAUAAUGGGGAACAAAUUGAGUGGCUGAAAUCCAUGUUAACUGAUCAAGAUAAUAAAAAAAAAGAACUAGAAGCUUCUAUCAUAGAUAAAGAUGAAGCAAUAAAGCAAUUACAAUUCAAAAUUGAUGUUGGUGGAAAUUCUUUUCAGGAACUUAAAAAGAAGCUAGUUUUUAAGGCUGAAGAAGUUACUCAACUACAAUCUGAUCUCACCAUCACAAAAACUGAAUGCAGUCAAUUAGAAUCCACCAUUAGUGAAAGCAAAUGUAAGAUUGAUGAACUCCUUUCCCAAUUCAAUGAUAAAGAACACCAAUUCCAGGCCCUUUGUACUAAAAACAAUGAAAUGGUCGGUGAGAUUAGUAAAAUUACUAACAAAGUUACUGUUAAAAACAGGAAUAUCCAGCAUUUGCAAUCUGAAAUUAGUUCUAAAUCAUAUGAAAUCCAGCAGUUGCUGUCCCAAGUUAACAAUAAGGAUAAAGCUAUCAGCCACUUAGAAUCUCAGAUUAAUGAUAAAGAUAAUUAUGUCAGACAGUUAGAAUCCAAUGUUAGUGACCAGAACAAUAACUUCAAAAAAUUGCAGGCCCAAAUUCAUGAUAAAGAUUGUGAUAUCCAGCUUUUGCAUUCUCAAAUCAGUAAUAAGGCAAAUGAGAUCCAGAAAGUUAUCUCCGAAAUAAUUAGUAAAGACUGUGAUAUUAAGCAAUUGCAGUCACAAAAUAGUGAAAGUAACAAUGAAAUACAACAGCUGGAAUCUAGGAUUAGUGACAAGAACAAUGAGAUACAACAACUGCAGUCACAAGUUAGUAACAAGAACAGUGAGUUACAGCAGCUUGAAUCUCGAGUUAGUGAUAUAAAAGACACUAUACAACAUCUGGAAACUCAGGUUAGUGAUAAGAAUAAUGAGAUACAACAACUGGAUACCCAAGUUGGCGUGAAAAGCAACAAGAUACACCAACUGGAAUCCCAGGUUAGUGAUAGAGGUUAUGAACUGGAACAUCUUCAACAGUUAGUUACACAAUACAGUAGUGACUUCAGUCGUCUACAAUCAGAGCUUCAGAUAUCAGAGACCAGUUUGAAAGUUGCAGUAAAAGAAAAUGAUAUCCAUUUAGAGGAACUGAAGUCACUUCAAAAUACAAUUUCACUUAAAGAUGAAGAACUACAGAAGUUAAAUGCUGAUUUAUCUCUGAAGAAUGAAGAAUUCAACAGUGAAAUAAGUAGGAAAGAUAUUUCCCUCAGUGAAGUAAAGACUGAAAUGGAGAAUGUAGUUACUGAACAAAAUAAACAGAUAGAUGAUUUGAAGAGUUAUUACAAUGAUUCUACAAAAAAAAUGCAAAGCUUAGAGAAAUAUCUGCAGUCAAAGGAUCUUGAAGUGUCAGAACUAAAAAAUGCAGCACAAAUAAAUGCUAAUCAGAUAGUUUUGCUCUCUGAAGAAUUGAUCUCAAUUAAUCUAUGUAAGGAUAGCUUCUCUAGUCAGCUAAAUGUUUUAGAUACAGCUUUGAAAAUCAAAGAAUUGGCUCUCUCAUCUGCAAUGAAAAAAUAUGACUCACUGGUAUCAGAAAAAUGGAAUAUUUUAGCUAAGCAUGAAGAAGAUAUAGACUUAUUUAAAACCAGACUUGAGGAAUCCCAAAAUGCUAACCAAAAAAUUGAAAAGGCAUUGGAAACAAUGACCAGUUUAAAGGAUAAAUUAUUACUAGAAGUAUCAGCUUUAGAAGAUACCUUACGCCAAAAAGACAAGGCAGUUAAAACUCUAUCUGAAAGUGUGAGCUGUUUGGAACAGGAGAAAAUCAUUAUGAUGCAAAAUAGCCAAAUUAAGGCAGACGAAUUAAUAUCAGAGAAACAAGAAGUAUUGCUAAUGAAAGAAAAAACACAGAAACUUGAAGUGUCACUUGAUAAUACUGAAACAGAAAAGACAUUCCUUGUCCAGAAUCUUCAACAGGCAAUAUCUGAAUUACAUGAAGAGAGAGCAGCUCUUCAAACAGAACUGCACUAUUCCAAGGAGAUUAACAAGGAAUUAGAUCUCCAGAUUGUGAUAUUAACAGCAGAAAUGGACAAUAAAGCAAUAACAUUGGAACAGUUUUCCUCACAGACUGAAAUUCACCUUGUAGAAAAGACAAAUCUUAAAGAUUCCUUGAAGAAAACGAAAAUCAACAUAUCAAGUUUGAAAGAACAGUAUCAAACACUCUUUCAAGAGAAACAAAAAAUGAAAGAUGAUUUCAACAAAAUAUUGGAAGCAGAUCAAGAAAGAAUUAAAACUGAUGAAGAGAAAUUGAUUACAAUGGAGCAACAGUUAAUUGAAAGUCUCAGUAAAACAACAGAAUAUAAAAAUAACAUUGAAACUCUUAAUUCCAAUACCUUACAACUCUCCUCUAAAAAUAUAGCUCUGCAACAAAAGUUAGAGAAUCUUAAUGAAGAAUUUAAUAAAGAAUUGAUGUCUAAAACUACAGAAUCAGAAGUGUUGCAGAGCACAAAACAAAAUUUUGAACAUGCAAAGGUCAGAAUUGAUGAUCUAAUGAAGGAUAUUCUUUCGAAAGAUAUGGAAAUCAUUGAUCUUACAGAAACUUUAGUCAAUAGCCAACAAACAACAGCAGAUCUUCAGGAGCAGUUGGACAAAUCUAAUGAAACAUUGAAGGAGACUCUGAAAAUGUUAGAAGCAACAGAAUCCAAACUUGGAGAGAAAUUAAAUGAAAUCCUUCAACUUAACGAUAUCAUAAAUCUAAAAGCUAGGGAGUUAGCUGAAUACUCUGAAGCAUUUGAGAAAUCGGUAAUUGACCAUACAUCUGAAAUUGAUGUUUUAACAGCAAAAUUAACUACAACAGAGGCAUGUCUUGAGAAAAAUACUAUAACCUAUGAAGAAGAAAUAGAAAGUUUUAGUCAUAAGCUAACCAAAAUGGCUACAGAAAGUGAAUUCAUUCAAAUCAAUGAGCGACAAAACUUUGAAGAAAAUAUUACCAAAGUUCAGAACGAAAACCAGAAAUUCCAAGAAUCUUUAGAUGAAUUACAAAAAAAUUGUGAUUCACUAAUUGAACAAAUUGGUAGUAAGGAUGAGCAGAUUAUGCUACUGUCUUUGCAAUUAGAAGAAAGGCAACAAAUUGUAGUGAAGCUUGAUGAGGACAAAUGUACGUUAUCGGAAGAAUUGACAGAAGUAAAGAAGUAUUUAGAGGAAGAAAGACAAACCACUGAAUCACUGAGCAUUAGAAUAUCACAACUUUCCAAAAGCAUUGAAGAAACACAAAAACAAUGCAAACAGCAGAGCCUCUCUUUAAGUGGAAAUGAAAAGGAUCUAGCAAGCAUACAUUCUGAACUAACUCAGAAGGAAGCUUCCAUACAAGAAAAAUGCACCAUCAUUGCAGAUAAGCAGACUCUCAUAAACAGAUUAACAGAGAAAUUGCAGAGCUUUACAGAUAACAAAACUAAGUUAUCGUCAGAACUUGACAUUGCAAAUGAACUGAUUACAGAAAAACAAAAGCAGUUUAAUGAACAGACUCUCCUUUUAAAUGAAACUCAACAAGAUCUAACAAAAGUUCAGCUGGAUUUAACCAAAAAGCAAAACACCAAUGACGAAAACUGUAAGAUUAUUAAUGGUAUGCACAUUACGAUUGCAAAUUUAACAGAAAAACUUCAAACCACAAAAGAUGAUCUUAUAACAGAAGUUGAUGAAAUAAGGAAGAAAUAUCAAGAUCUUAGAGAACUCUGUGAUGGCAUUGAAGAGGUGAAAGCUGGCCUCGAAAACUAUGUCAAAUCUCUUCAAGCUGAUGUAGACUCUUUAAACAUCAAGUUGAAUGAAGAAAAGAAACUCCAUAAUGACACAAAAACUGCUUGUGAAGAAAACCAAACUACCAUAUGCACACAGGAAAACCAAAUCAGCCAGAAACAGAAAUUGUUUGAAAACUUGAAAGAAGAUUUGAUGAAGUUAAACAUCAUCAUUAAAGAUAAUAACCACCGAAAUUUACUGUUAGAAGAAUUGUUAUUAAAGAAAACAGAGGAACUUCAGGAGUUUUCAAAAAAAUAUGAUGAUAUGGAUGCUGAGUUCCGAAGGGAGAUUGAAGAAUUGCUGAUAAAUGAAAGAACAAGGAAUGGGAUUUUAUUAUCAGAAUUGGAUGAUGUAAAAGAGAAGAACUAUUCACUUUUGAACAAUAUUUUCAAGAUGGAUCGUGAAAGACAGAAAUUGAAGAUUGAUGUAAGCAGUAAAACCUUAAAAAUAAGUGAAAUGGCAGAUGACGAACAAAAGUUACAGAUACUGAUUGAAGAAUUAAAAAAUGAUGUAAAACUGAAAAUGGAGCUCCUUGAAAAUGCAAAUGAACUUCACGUACAGGAAGAACAUGACCUGUUAAGUCUUCAGUUAGAUUUUGAAAAGGUAACUACUGAAAAGUUGGAGAUUUCUUCCAAAGUUGAAUUGUUGAUGACAGAUCUUAAGGCUACAAAGGAAGAACAUUCCAAAACUAAGGAUACUUUAUCUGACAAUAUUGAACAUCAGACGACUCUGCAGUUGCAGUUAAAAGAUAAGACCAUAGAAGUUAACCAAUUAAAAGAUAAGUAUAUAUCUAAAGAAGUAGAAAUCCAGUCUCUGAGAAAAUCAGUUGAAAAAAUUCAGCAUGAUGGCGAGGAAAAGAUAGCAGAUAUGAAACAAAGAAUAACGGGUUUAGAGGCAAGAAAUAUUGAUUUACAAAAACAAAUUGAAGAUGCUUUUAUUCAAGUAGAAGUAAUUUCUGAGAUCAACAAUAAGUCAGAAAUACAGAUUCAUUCACUUAAAUCAAAAAAUUGUGAUCUAGUUGAAUCACUGAAUUCUGCUGAAAUAGAAUGCAACAACCUAAAGUCAGAAAUAAAUACCAAAGAGAAAUCAUUAUAUUCUAUAACUCUUCAAAUCAAUGAAUUCCAAAGGGAACAGAAUCAACUUCAAACCAGUAUAUCUAAGAAAGAGAAAGAAGAAGAAGAAGCUUCUGCCACACUUGAAAAGUCUCUUGAAGAAAAGGAAACCAUCAUUAAAACCUUAAAAGACCAAAAUGAAAGUUUGAGAGAUGAUGUUCGUAAACUUGAUCAGGAGUCUUCAACAUUAAUUUCUAGUUUGAAAGAGGAAGUAGAGUCUCUAAAGUCACAGUCUGAAAAUCUUCAAACAGACAUUGGUAAACUGCAAAGGACAAACAGUCUGUUGAUUGAAAAGAAUAAAAAAACUGGGAGUUCCUAUGAAAUCUGCCUUAAACAACUGUCAGCAUUGAAACACGAACUUGAGCAAAGUGAAUUCGCUGUUACUGAAUUACACAAGAAUCAAAAAGAAGAUGCUGAGAAAAUAUCUGUGUUAAAAAUAUCUGGAAAAGAAUCAAAAAUUUCUUUGGAUGAACAAGAAAUACUCAUAUUGGAACUGAAGGAUAAAUUGACCAUACUUGAGGACAAGGGUGCUAUUUCUUUACAUAACAAAUUAGGUGAAGUUAAUCAGUUGAAAUGCAGUUUAGAGGAAGAAAGAACCAGAUCUAAAUCACUACUGCUAGAAGUUAAUAGAAUGUCUGAAUUAAAUCAAGAAAUGCAUUCUGUCAUGGUAGAUCAAAAAACACAGCUUGGGAUUCUUGAUGGCCAGUUGUCUAUUACCACAGAUAAGCUAUCAUCACAACUGAGUGUUAUUGCCACUCUUACAAAUCAGGUAAACAAUUAUCAGGUAAAACUAGCUGACAAAGGUGCAAUUUUGACAGAGGUAACAAAUGAAAUGGAGCUUAUUGAGCAGACCUGUUAUGAACUAAGCCAGGAACUGACAGAUCUAAGACAAGAAAAGGAAAACCUCAUGAAUAGGCUAAAGUUGUUAGAAAAUGAGAAUAGAGAGAAAUCUACAACAUUAUCUGAGCUCAGAGAUAAGAUUGCGGAUUUAAAAUUGGAAAGAUGUGACAAAGAAGAAACUUACGUUCAGAAAAUAGAAUCUUUAAACAAUACCAUAGAAAAAUAUGAGGAAGACAAGACUAAGUUGAAAACAUUACUGGAGAAAGCAAAAUCAGAAAAUCAGUUACUUGAACAAGCCAAAGAAAUUAUUUUAGCAAAACUAAAUCAUAUUACUCAAGACAUCGAUAAAAUGCAGUCUAUUGUUGAUGAUACCAAUAAAAGCAAAGAAAAUCUCUCAUCCCAGCUUAUGAUGUUAGAACAACAACUCACAGAAGCUCAAACAGAAGAAGGGAAUAAAAACCAUGAAAUAGAGAUGUUGGUGAAGGAAUUGGAAGAAUUAAGAUUGUGUGAAAAAACCUUAAAAGAAAAAAUGGAAUUUUUGAAAUCAGAUCUCCAUACUUUUGAAAAUGAGAAAGAAAGACUUCUAUCUGAGAAUAAUUCUCUAGUUUCUUCUUUAAAAUUGAAAAUGACUGAAAUGGAUGAAGAAAAGCAGGACCUAGAACAAGUACUUAAGGAAAAGAACAUUGAGAUACAGUGCUUCAAAGAUACUAAGGAUCAGUUGACCUUCGAAUUACACAAAAAUCAAAGCAUUGUGAAAGAAAAAGAGGAUGUUCUACAAAGAUUUCAUUCCGAAUUCAGUGAAGCAGAGAAAGCAAACCAGGUGUCAAUGAGUCAAAUGGAUACCGAAAUCCAACAGUUGUCAGAAAAAAUAGAAGUAAAAACACUGAUAGAAGAACAAAUCAGGACUCAAUUGGAGUUAACUAUACAUGAAUUGGAGGAAGAAAAGAAAAUCAACACUCAAACUUUGGAAAAAUUAGUAGAAAGAGAAGAUCAACUUUCUAUCAUAGUUUCAGACAUGGAAGGGGUGAGGUCUGCUUUAGAUUCUAUGUCCUCAGCCAUGAUUCAUAAUUUACAUAAAUUUGUUAUCAUUCAAAGAGAAUCAGAAGAUAAAAGGUUAAAAGUUGAAGAAUAUGAAUCAACAAUGACCAAUAUUACCAUUAAGUGUAAAGAGCUUGAAGUAGAAAAGGAUGCUAAAAUUCAGGUUUUAAUUACUGAAAUAGAGGAUCUUGCAUCCAAAAAUCUAUCUCUACAGUCUUUAGUCAUCAGUAUUCAGGAAAAUCAAAAUGUUGACGAAGAGGAUUUGAUUAAAGAGAUUGAAAAAAAUAAGUUAUCUGAAGAUAACCUUAAUUCCAAAUUGGUGCAACAGCAGAUUAAGGAACAGGAAAGGAUUAAUAGCCUACAAACAGCUAUUAACGAGAAAGAUAUCCAGCAUAAGGCUUUGAUGGACACAAACUACGAUUUGAAGACUAGGAUGGAUGGAUUGAUUAAGAACCACAAAGACAUGACAGAUAUGUAUGAAAAUGAAAUUCAAGAUGCCAUUAGUAAACUGGAGCUAAAAAAUGAAGAAUUGAUAACCAUGGACCAGAAGUUAUCAGGCAUAACAGUUAGCUUCAGUAAUCAACUAGAUGAAGCCAAUCAAACAAAUUUGGAAAUGACAUCUUUAAUUACGAAACAGCAUCUCCAGCUUGACAUAUUUCAAGAAGCCUUAAAUGAAAAUCUUCAAAAAGAAGUAUCACUGUGUUCUGCUGUUGGAAAGGUUUUAAAAGAUUUCAUAAUCACAAAUCAAAAACUGGGGAAAGCUGAAGCAGAUCUUCAUGAAGCUAAAAUAAACUAUGAAUAUAUGUCACAACAGUUUCAUAAAUCCACUAUAGAGUUGCCAAAUGAACGAGAUUUCGUUAAAAGUGCCUUAGAUGAAGGGAACUCCAUAGCUGUAAAGCGUUAUGAUGAACUUUACGAGAAAUACCAAGCUGUCCAACUUCAUAUGCAAGAAAAAGAUUCUGUGUUAAAUGACCAUGCUCAGGAAUUACAGUGCCUCAGAAGAAAUGAAGUUGUAUUGAUUGAAGAGAAGAGCUUACUCAGUGAUGAUUUACAGAAGAUCAAAUCUGAGUUUGAAAAAAUUCAGUUACAGAGAAAUAGUUUAGAAAGUGAACUGGCAGCCUUAAAGUUUCAAGUCAAUACUGAUUCCAUGACCUACAAAGAAAUUCGAUUGACAACUGCUGGCAAAAUCGAAGAAUCUGAAAAUGUGAUUGAUUCCUUAAAGAAAAUGCUGGAAGAAAUGAAACAGUCAGUUGAAGGGAAGAACAAAGUCAUUGAUCAAUUAUCUUGUUUGAUGAAAGAAAAAGAGGAUAGUUUAAGUGUUUCUGGGAACUGGUUUAUUGAGUGUCAAACUAAAUUAACUGAGAGUGAAAGUGAAAAUAAACAAUUACAAGAGAAAAUAGCCUUGGCACUUGGCCAAAUUAACAAAUUAACUUAUAGGGAACAAAACUUAUAUAGUGAAUUAAACAAUAGUUCCGAAAAAAGUCAGCAUUAUUUAGAACAAAUAAACAAACUCACUGAAAUCGGUAAUACAAAUGCCCAUGAACUAGAUACCUUGAAAAGUAACAUGCAGUCAUUAAGUGAAGAAAAGGUUUAUUUAGAAGAACAGUUAAGUGACGCUUUACUUAAUCUUGAUGAUAUGAAAGAACAAAAUACCACUUUGAUGCAUACUUUGCAGGUUUCAAAGGAAGAAUUAUUUGAUCUACAAACAUCCAAAAAUCAACUACUUGAAUUAAAUUCCCUCAACGAAAAUCUUACCUCUCAAUUAACCCAUCUUGAAACACAAUUCAAACAUUUACAAGAACGUAGUUCACAAUAUGAAGAUAAAAUCAUCCAUCUAGAAGAAGAAAACUGUUCAUUGAAAGAAACAGUUAAAGCAGAUGACAUACAUGAACCUGUGAACAAUAAUCAAGCUGAUGGAAGGAGUGCUUCACUUGUAGAAACAGUAACUGCUGGAAAGGUUAUUACACUCCAAGCAGCUAACACAGUAAAUGAGGGAGGUAAAAUGCCAAAAAUUAACUUGAAGAAGGAUGCCAAAAUAUUGUCACAAUGCCGCAAGAUUCAAGAGUUAGAGUCCAAGCUGAUAUCAUCCAAGCAGACUGCAACAACAACAAGAUCAUUUGAGCAAAGUGUCAGCACUUCAUCAUUUGAUUCUAUAGAUUCUGUGACUUCUGAAGUUGUUAAAUUAAAGAAAAUGUUAAAAAAGAAAGAAGCCAGAAUCACCGUGUUAAAUAACCAACUGAGUGAGCUGCAAACAAAUCUCAUGGACCAACAACCUACUGAUAAUACUUUGCAACAAACAACUGACUUUUUACAACUAGAUGAUGCUAAUGCUAAGCUUUUUGUUGAACAGGAAAGAAGAGAUGUCUUGGAAAAGCAGUUAGCAAGUUUAUCAACAGAAAGAUCAGAUCUAGUCAUACAAUUAGAUGAAUUACCAGGUCUGCGAAGUAUGGUUCAAGAAAAUCAAACGGUUAUCAGUGACAUGAAGAAGCUGAACUCGCAGUUAGUUGCACAGAAUAAAGAAUUAAUGAAGUCAGUAGAUUCAGGACAAAAGACCGCAGAAACCGAUUUAGCAUUUAAUAAACACCUUAAAAAUAUGUUAAUUGAGAAAAGUUCUAAACUGGUCGAGAAAAUUGAAGAUACUGAUGAUGCUGCACAAAAACACUUGGAAACAGAGAAGAAAUAUUUACAACUCCUUGCUACAAAAGACAGUGAAAUAGAAUUAUUAAAGCAAGAAGUAAUGAAAAUGACACAAGCAGUGAUAGACAAAGAAUCCAGUACCCAAGCAAUUCAAUCAGAAAUUGACUACUAUAACCUACAUCUAUCAAAUUUGCAGCAAGAAAUAUUUAGCAAAGGUGAUGCGUAUGCUGAACAACUUACUAGUCUUAAUGGUGACAUAUUUACAUUUAUGAGAAAUCUCAUCAACAUACCAAAGAUAGUCAUAAAAGAAAUACCGGACAAUUUCCCUGAAAGUGCAGAUGUAGAAAUUAAAGACACAAAUCAUCUUAAAAGCAGAUUAUUGUCUUUGGAAGCUGAAAAUCAGCACUUAAAUGAGAUGGUACAGAAGUCUCAAAUCCAAUUGCAGUAUGAAAAAGAUCUUGCUCAGUCCAUGGCCACAAGGUACAAGGAAGAAGUCAAAGAGAUUUCAGAAUUAAGAACCCAGGUUUACAAAUUGCGCAAAAAAUCUGUGGAAGCUGAUACAAUAGAAGAAGAAGAUGAUGAAAGUUCAACUGUUGGCAGCACUGAACAAACAGGUCAAUAUGAAAGAGAGAAGAUUGCCAGAUUAACUGAAAAAUUACACCAAACUGAGGAACGUAUAGAAUUUAUAAUUGGUGAAAAGAAGGACUUAGAACUGGAACUUGAUGACCUUAUAGAUGAACUUCAUAGAAAAGAUGAUAUGCUCUUUCAGACAAAAGAAGAACUCAAUUCAAGUUGUAACUUCAUAGAUGAUUUGGAAGCAGAUAUAAGUUUGAGAGAUGAAGAAAUAUUAGCCUUGAAAGAUAUUAUGUCUAAAACACAAGCUGAUAUGUUUCAUAUGCGUGAGGAGCUUGACCAUAAGGAAAACCUUCUCGAAACAAUGUCUCCACUUCCACCUUUAAGGGCUCAAAGUUUGGAUGGUCUUGAUGAGGUCUCCAAACUGCAAAAGCUGCUGAAAAAGAAAGAUGCUAAAAUCCUGGUACUUAACAAGAAAGUAGAAACCCUAACAAGGCCACAAUCAAGUACAAACAUUCCAGAUAUGGUGGAUGGUAAAGAAGUUAGUCUAAAUUUACACAAAGAAGUAGAGUCACUUAAGAAACUUCUUGAAGAGAAAGACUUACAGGUUAGAAAACUUGAGUCCCAAAAAGCUUUAUUGGGAGAAGCAGCAAUACAAACUAGUGAAGUUGCCAAGUUACGGAAAUUAAUCAAGAUUCGGGAUGCUAAGAUAUUGGUGUUACGUAGAAAAUUAGAUGAAGUGACUUCCUCAGGUGACAACUCCCUAGGUACAUCAUCAACAACAGACUCAUUAGGGUUGGAAACAACCAGUUCAAGUAAUGUUGAUGCAUUGAGAAAUAUGUAUACCACUGACAUAUACCAAAAAGAUCAACAGAUACAGGAAAUGACAAAAUGCAUUGCAGACCUGCAAAGCAAUCUUAGUUAUCAUCAACAAACAUUGUUUGAAAAAGAAAAUGAGUUGGUAAUUGUUGUAAAUAAACUAAAGGAAGCAGAAAAAGCUCAUGCCUGCAUGACCACAGAACAGAGCAAUUUCAGUGACAUUCUUAGCCAAAAAGAUCAUGAAUUGGAUAUUUUAAACCAGAAAUGGAUAAUGGCUAAGCAGAAUUUGGAAGAGUCCUAUACCGAACAGGAUACCAGCUACAACCAUUAUCAACUCUUGGAAACAGAAAAAGUUGAAUUAGAAUCACAGAUAAUAGAAAUGAAAAAACAUCAUUGUGAAAUGUCUGCCUAUUCAGAAGGGCUGUGGAACGAACUUGGUGAAUUGAAAUUGACGUAUGAGACUCUGUUAUCUGAAAAAGAAGAUCUUGAAAUCCAAGUUGAGAACCUUACAAAAGAAAAUGAUGUUGCUAAAACUAAAUUGGAAACACUGCAAGACACCAUUAGAAUAUUAAGAGCCGAGAAGGAAAAAAAUGAUUUAGAACUCCAUCAAAUGAAAGAAGAUUAUGAAUAUGAAACCUCUGACAGCCAGUCGAAAGCAGAAAAAAUAAUAGAACUUGAAAAUCAGAUAAUAAAGAUUGAAGAGGAUUCCAACAACUUGAAGCAAGCUUUGUCAGAAAAAAAUGUUAUUAUCGAACAGUUAGUUGAUAAGAUGCACAAAGAGCAAGAGGAGAGAUACAACCUGUCAACGACCGAUCAACAGAAAAUAGAUAAACUUCAAACAGAGCUAGACCAUGCACUUUCCAAGAUGGAAGAUUUAACUGAAACAUGUUUUAUACAGAAAUCAAAUUUGGAGUCAAGUAAGCAUCUUCUUCAGGAUAAAGAAGUUCUAAUUGAGCAACUUCAACAUAAAGAAUUUGACACCCAAAGUAUAGCAGAUCUCCAGGAAGCUUUGGAUAAGAAAGAAACUCAUAUCAUUCAGCUGUCACAGGAAACUGAAUGCCUCCAACAAGUUCUUGACAUGAAACGAAGUGAAUUAGAUGAGUUAACAAAAAACUUUAGAGUAAUAGACCAAGAAAAUUUAAGUUUGAAAGUAGAAGGUCAGAGCACCGAGAAAGAAAUAUCUAGGCUGAAAUUGUGUAAUUAUGACUUAGAAUAUCAACUGGCCAACAUCAAUCAAGAACUGCAGCAGGCAAAGGAUACCCAGUUAGAGAAGGAUUGGACUCUCCAUGAUUCACAAAAAGAAAUUCAGUUAUUAAAGCAAGGAUUAUCAGCUGACCAGAAUUUAAAAGUAAUUCAACUACAAGAAGAGGUUGACAUGAAAGACGGACAGAUAGCAGCACAUAGCAUUCUACUAAACCAACUUCAAGCCAAUCUGCACUCUUUGAAUUCUACACUUCAAGAUAAAGAAAAUUCUAUCACCAUUCUUACUCAAGAGAAAGAAAAUAUUUUGAUGGAAAGCAAAGCUUGGAAAGAAAAUGGAGAACAUUUGAAUUCUAUCCUUAAACUUAAAGAUAAAGACAUCCAGGAUCUACACAAGAAAGUUAAUGAGAUGACAGAAUAUGAUAACGAAAUGGAAAGUGAAUUGAAAAACUUUUAUACAAAAGAACAAGAUUAUAUUAAAAAAACUCAGGAACAAUCUGAGCUGAUCAAAGAAUUGCAUUCCAAACUCGGUGAUGUUGAAUCUGAAAGAAAAUCCCAGCUAGACAUUAUAUCAAUCCUAAAUACACAAAUUUUGGACUUAAAUGAACAGUUGAAGUUAAAAGACAAUCCAUCCAAUUAUAGUAAGGAACUGUCCCAAUUACAAAAUAACCUGAAAAAAAGGGAUGCCAAGAUUUUGAAUUUAAAUAAAAAACUGAAAGAGACUCAAGAAAAGCUUGAUAGAGUCGAAAAGGAACUUGAUAGCAUCCAGUUAAAAAGUAGGACAGAAACCAAAGAAGCCUUUGUUCAUGAGCCUUUAAUGGAUAUGAAAGUUACUGAAGAACUAAUGGUAGGCACUGAAAAUAUGGAAACAGCUGCUAAUCCAAAACUGUAUAAUGAAGCCUGGCAGUCUCAUCUACAUGAAGAGCAGAUAUCACUAAUGAAAGUGCAGAUUAAGGACCUUAAAACAGAAGUUGAAAAAGCCAAAGCAACGCUUGAUGUGAGAAAUGGGCAGGUUCAAGAACUGAAUGUCUUGAGAACCAAUCUGACAAGCAGUGCUCAAAAUGAUAUUACUAGGUUACAUGAUGAGAUUAAAACUUUAAAUGAAGCUACUAUGCAUAACAAUCAGAAGAUGGAGUCCAUGUCCCAGGCUUAUGAUCAUCUACAGAAUGAAGUUCAUUCUUACCAAAUAGAUAUUGAAAACAAAAGCAGUCAAAUUCAAGAUCUCACAACAUCAAUCUUACAGAAAGAACAAAAUGUUCAACAACUAACUGAGACUAUAACAGAGAUGAACUCACAAAUACAAAAUUAUGUCCAAUCCUCACAAGAACAGUUGAAGUAUAAAGAUGAGGACCAAACUGUAUGGUCAGACCGAAUUGCAUUCUUAGAAAAACAAAACAAAAGCCUUUCAGAACAGCUUCAAGACCAGGAAAACAGUAAAGUUACAAUUGAAGAAAAAAUGAUUCAUCUUAUGCAGGAAAUUACAGUUUAUCAGGAUUCCUUGUCUUCCUUACAAUCUCAACUUAUACAAUCAUCAGGUGAACUGGAUAAAUCUAAAGAAUUACAACAGGAACACCAGCUUAAGAUUGGAGCACUUGAAAAAUCCCUGCAGACUACUUUAUCAGACCAGGAAUCUGAAAAGUCCCUUAAAGAGAGUCUUCAAUCUCAGUUAGAUUCUGCAAAUAGGAAGCUUGAAGCUGAAUCAGAAAAAUCUAAGGAACUCCUAGAAUACCCUCUCAAAGCUGAAACUCUUGAGCAGUCAUUGCAGAUAUCUUUAUCUGUCCAAGAAACUCAAAGGUCUGAAAUAGAAAGUCUUCAUUCACAGUUAAACACUACCAACAAUAUACUUGAGCAACUUCAAGGAAAUUCAUCAGAAAAAGAGAAAGAAAUGUUAGACAUGAUACAGCUGUUAAAUCAACAAUUACAAACGAAUGCAGGUGAAUUGAUAGAAAUUCAAUCCAGACUUGACGAGUCACAAAAGUCUCUACGGGAAUCAGUUGUAGCAAUUAAAAAGAAAGAUGACAAAAUAUUAUCACUGCUUGGAAAUUUUCAGGAAAUGGAAGAUCGAUUAACCCAGCUUUCUGAUGUGGAUGAGCAGAUGGGUUUGAUCACUCAAGAACUCAAUGGUGCAAAGAUGGAACUUGAAAAUAAAACGAAACAACUUGAAGAAAAAACUCUUACCUUGAAAAAAGCUAUAGCAACUGUUAAAAAACUCAAAUCCCAACUAAAAAAUUCUGAGGAAAAAAUAGCAGAAAUGGAAAAUUCUUUAAGUGCAGAAAAUCAAAAUAAUGAGCAACUUGAAUUAGGUGUAGAACAGACAGUGACAGAACUUGAAGAACAGCGAUUGUCAUUGAAGAGUUUGAAAGAAACAACUGAAUCAUCAGGAUGCGAAGAUAUAGGUGAAGUACAAAAACAGUUACAGUCCUAUGCUGAAUAUUGUCAGCAGUUGCAAGAACAGGUUCAGCAACUUACAGAUGCUACGUACACCUCAGAACAGCAGUUAAAAGAGAAACAAACUGAAAUAGAUGUGCUAAAAGGCGAAUCAACAAACUUAAAAUUAGAGAUCCAGGAACUGAAAUUGGUGUAUGAAAGAUUACAGGCAGAUAUGUCUGUACAGAAAAAAGUUGAAGAAGGUUAUAACUCAACUUUAUACCAGAAAGAUGAGUAUAUCAAAGAGCUGAAGAAACAAGUUGAACAGAUAGAUUCUGGAUAUAAAACUCUUCAAGAGCAGUAUUCUGAGAAAGAAGAAUAUCAGCUUGAAUUAACUAGCGAAAAAGAGAGGAUGGUGAUAUUAAGCAACGAGUCAGUCGAUGCAAAACUGCAGGAAGUUGAGAAGUUGAAUGAUCAUAUAAACAAACUUCAGCAAGAGCAAGAUGCUCAGGAAAAAGAAAAGCAAGAGAUGUCACAUAAAUUGGAAAUGGCUUAUCUAGAUCUGCAAAGGCUACAAAACAUCCAUGAUAAAGAUUUUCAAGAAAACAAUGAUUUGGAGAUUAAAUUGCAAGAUUUAGAAAAUGAAAUAAAACAAAUCCAAACAGCGAAAGAUGAAGAAAUUAGUGUCUAUGUUGAAAGCUUAAACACUUUACAACAAAAACUUAUUGAGAAGGAGGAGCUGUUACAAGGGACAGUGAAGAAGCUUAAAGACACAAUGCAAGCAGCGGGUUCUGAUGGCACAGAGCUCAAAACAAAGACCAUUGACUAUGAAAAUCGUAUUACAUCCUUAAUGGAAGAAAAUAAGUUAUUGAAAUCAGAAAUUGAAAAUAAUGAACAGAUUCAAUCGUUAGGGCAAGUAACAGCUUUAGAAGAUGUUGAGGUCAUCAAAGAAGAUAACUCCCGAUUAAAACAGUCUCUUACAGAAACAACCAUGGAAUAUGAAAGUUUGAAAUUAAAGUAUGAAGAAAUUGAUUUUGAGAAGUCGAGAGUUGAAAAGUUGAAUAGUCAGUUACAAGAGGAGAAAACUUUGAUCAAAGAAGAGUUUCAGAUGCAACUGGAAAUAGUAGAAAAUUUACAACAUUUGUUAAAGGAAACCCAAAUUUCCACAGAAGAAUGGCAGACACAGAAUAAUCAGUUAACAUCCAGUUUAGAAGAAUUGAAGGCUGAGAAGGUAACAUUGAGCACUGAGAUUGAAACUUUACAAGGACAGUGUGAAGGACUGGAACAGAUCAUUGCAACAGCUAGACUUCAUGAAACAGAAAUACAGGAUAGACUUUCUCAAUAUCUGACAGAAAUAGAAAAAUUAACUAAUCAUGGCAAAUUGCUUCAAGAGAAGAUUGAUGAAUUGGAGGCUUGUAAAAACCCAAAUGCAAAAGAACAGCAGAAAGAAAUUAAUUAUGUUGAAAGGAUUGAAUCUCCAAUGGUUCGAGAAAGGUUACAGCAGACUACUGCUCCUGUUGUAGUCUCUUCUCCAUCUGACACAUGGUCUGAGAAGUUAAAAAAAUCAGAAGCUAAAUGUGCUGCUUUAGAAGAUGAAAAUAGGCAUGUGAAGGGUAAGCUACAAAUUGCUGAAGUCAAGUGCGAAAAAAUGCUACAUAAACUGAAGGCCUUUAAGGAUAAAAAUGAUAAAUUGAUGUUGGAAAUUGAAUCCUUGAAAAACAGCCAGCCAUUAUCUGGAACAUUUGAUGAAGUCAAAGAAAAACUUAAAAGAAAAGAAGAAGAAUACAAUAUUAUUCUAAAUGAGAAUUCGGCGCUCAAGAUAUCAGCAGAAGAUCUGAACAGGCAAAUUAAUACUUUACAGCAGACCUUUGAUACCAGAUCAGCAUAUACUGAAGAAUCCUUGAUGAUAGAAAAGGAACAUUCAGAACAGCAUACUCAAACCCUUCAAGCUAAAAUACAUGAAAUGAAUACCACCAACGAGGAACUGUUAAGAGAAAAUUCAUAUCUUAAAAACACACUGGAAACAGCUGAUAAAGAACUAAUGGCAAUGCAGAAGAAUAACAAAGAAUUGCUGGUUCAGAAUGAAACAUUUUUGUUGAAUAACGAAACUCUGAACCACAAAUUAAAAGAUCAAGUAGAUAUGAUAGAAGCUUUAAAAGGUAAACUUCAGCAAGCAAAAGAUGAACUUGACAGAUCAGAAGCCAUUCGAUCUGAAUUAACAGAACAGAAAUCUCUCGUUGAUCAGUCGAUAACUGAAUUGAAUGAAAGUUACUUCAAUGAUUCUCAAACAUUGAGAAAUAAACUUGAAAGUCUUCACCAGCAUUAUGGCAUGUUGGAAACAGAUAAUCAGGAAUUUCUGAUAUUGACUGAUGAACUAAGGGAAGCUGUUAGAAAUCUGAAGAGAGAGAAUGAAGAAAAAACUUUCCUGCUUAGCAAAUUACAAGAAGACUCUUUGGAGAAAAGUGUAUCAAAUACCAAAGGGAUGGAAAUGCAGAUACAUCUGUUAGAAAGAGAUAGGGAUGAACUUAUAAAAGAAAUUCAGACAACUAGGGUUCAGUUAGAUCAAGUUAAAGAAGAAAGAAAUGAAUUAGCCCAAGAGGUUGAAAAAUUCAGAACUCAAGUGAAAGAUCAAGAAAAGGUGCAUAGUCGAAUUGUAGAACUGGAAUCUGAAAGAGAUGAACUUAUGGAAGAGAUGGAAGGGCUUAGAGAAGAUAUGUUAGUGUCAAGAAGAGGAAAACAGACCAGCAAGGAAGAAAUUGAAGGUCUAAAAAGAAAAAUUGAAUCUCUUGAAACAGAAAGGGAUGCAAUUGGAACCUACCAAACAGAAAUGAAGUCACUUUAUUCUGAAAAUCAAAAUCUUAAAGAACGAAUUGAUGGUUUAAACUGGAAACUUGAAGAAUCGUCGGCAUUUGAAGAAGAACUUGAAGAAGUCCAAGCCCAACUCAUGAACUUGCAAAAGGAAAAGGCAGCUGAACAGACUACUUCAUUUGAAUCUAUGUCAUUAAAGACUCAAGAAUCAGAAAAUCUGUGUCAAGAAAUCGAGUUGAUGCGUGUUGAUUUAGAGAAGAGAGAUAUCCUUAUAGAAAACCUGAAAUCCGAAGUUGAUGAAAUGCAUGACAAGAUUCAAGUUUUAUUAGAAAUUGAAAAUCAAAAUAAAGCACUCCAUGUUGAAUUGAAACAAUCAAGAUUAAUGGUGGACAAUCUGAAAUCUGAAAAAAAUGAAAUGCAUGACAAGUGUCAAGUGUUAACAGAAGUUGAAAAUCAAAAUAAAGCACUCCAAGGUCAAUUAGAACAAUCCAUAUUAAUGGUGGAAAAUUUGAAAUCUGAGAUGGUUGAAAAGCAUGGUAUGCGCCAAGUUUUAACAGAAGUUGAGAGUCAAAAUAAAACACUCAAUUUUGAAUUAGAACAAUCAAGAUUAACCGUGGACAAAUGUAAUAGACAGAUAGGAGAGCUGAGCAUUAGACUCCAGUCUUUGGAUACUCUAGAGGUAGAGUUCAGUGAGUUAAAUGAACAGUACAACAAAUCACUCAAUGACAAUAACAACAUGGCCAAACAAAUAGAAGAGCUCCAUGACCAACUCCAGCAAAUGAAUAGCAUGGAAAAAGAGAUUAGCCUUACAGUUGAACAAAAAGACCAUUUUGCACGAGAAAAAGAUACUCUACAACAACGUGUUAAUGAUUUAGAAAGUUUGGGUAGUAGUGUAACUGAUGAAAAUGCUCAAUUGAAACAAGAACUGGCAGAAGUGAAAAGUUCCGUCCAACAGCUAACUUUUGAGGCCAAGUCAUUGAAGUCCCAGUUAGAGAUUGCUUCUUCUAGCGGAGAUCAAAUGAGUAAAUUCCAGUCGGAGUAUGAUGAAUUACUACAACAGUUUAACCAGGCUAUAGAACAGAAGAAUAAAUCAUUAGUAGACUUGAAUCAAGCACACUAUAAUCAUGAAAGACGAGAACAAAGAUGUCAACAACUUGCCAUGCAGGUGAGCCAGUUAGCAGAAGAUCGAAGUUACCUCAAUGAUCAAUUAGGACAUUUGUCAAAAGCUCUUAGAGAGAAAGAAAGUGAAUGGAAUACAAUGAAAACUCAAUAUAGAACACUUUACCAAACACAUAUGUCUACACAGAUGAAGGUUGUUGAUUUAGAGAAAAAAGUUGUGACAGAGACAUUCCAGAAAGCUCAUUCUUCGCCUACAACGACUGUACCAGGUCGUGUUAUACCAGAUCAGUCACAGAUUGAAGAAUACAAACAACGGUUUGAAAUGAGCGAAAGAUUAAAAGAAGAAGCAGUACAGACUAAAAAUGAACUACAGAAAAGAUUACAAGCUGAGGAAAAAAGAAGCGAAGAAAUAGAGAAAACUCUACGUGAAGCACAAGAUCAGUUAUUAUUACAUGCCAGUAAACCAUUAUCACCAGAGGUGAGAUUACAGAUAGAAGAAGAUGAAAAUGAGUCUAGAAUAAGAGAAUAUAAUCCUAUGUUGACACGUCAUGGUAUGGGAUAUUGUCGUAGAUUACAAAGAUGGAUGAAAGUUAAAAAGCAAUACUUCUCAUUUUCCAGCCGACAGCUUACCAGAAUUAUGCGGUUCAGACCAGGUAUACGCAAGUGUUUGUGGGCCUAUUUUGUUCUCGUACAUAUCCUCAUAGUAGCAUGCUUUACUGGUUUUAUAUAAAGUUAUAGAAGAAUAUGUGGUACCCUGUGUGAUGUGCUAAAAUAAUAGACGAGGCCUGGUGAAGAUGUGGAAAUAGCUUUGAUAAUUAAACUCCAAUUACAUUGUGAUAGAAAUUUCUUUUCUACAUAUUUAAUGUGUUGCCAGUGUGGUCAGAUAUGUUAGCUGGACAAAAUUAAUUGUAUCAGAGAAUCUUGUUCAUUAUUAUUGUGAAAUGAAGUAAUUUUUUUUGUGGAAAAAAUGAUUGCAUUCUUAAAAUAAAUAAAAGAAUGUAGAUUGUUAUAUUUAUGUUAGUGAUUAUGUAAAACAAUUGUAUUGUGUCAUCAGUUGAAUGAAAUGACUUCGAUAUGUUUUGAUUUGGGCUUACAGGAGCACAUGUAGAUAACACAAAAUAAUUCCAUUAGCAAAAUAAUACUUUCUAUCAGUUAAAAAAAAAUUUGACGUGAUAGAUUACAAAUUUUAUCCUAAUGUGUUUCUCUAAUGUACAUGUAUGAUUGUUUUUUAAUGAUGUGUAUAUGAUAGAUUUUAUUGUAAUUUAAAAUUUAUUUUAACCAAGUAAAAAUUUAUGAAAUAUAGAUGUAAUAUAUUUGAUUAUCUGUGUUAUUUGUAAACUUAUUUGAUUUAUUUUUGUGGUGUUCUUUCAUGUUUAGUUCAUAUCGAAGAGAAUAAUGUGGGAUAUUUCACUUCACAAUUCUCACAUUCCAUGUUUAGAUAUAUGUACAUAAUAAUUACUGUAAGUAUGCAUAAUAAUUAAGAUCCUAUAUUUAUAAAACAUAGUUUAAAUAUAAUUGAACACUGGAUACUAGUAGUUAAAUAUGUAAAAUAACAAUAAUAUAUAUAUAUCUGUAUAUUUUUUUUUUUCAUAUUAUGUAUGAAUCAAAAAUGCAAUUAAGGUAAAAGGGAUAUGAAUCUAGAUAUUUGUACUGAGCAUUUAAAGGAGAGCUUGUUGGUAUAUUUUCAUCCAUACACUACUAUUAUGUGCUAAUGUACAUCUGAACAGCUUUAUUUAAAGAUUUUGUAGGUAUACAUGUAGCCUUGUGGCUUGUACACACAAAUAUCACAGCCUAUUGUUAUGUAUAUAUGUGAUAGAAUGUGAAGCCUGCUUUGAUUAUACAUAUAUAAUUCAUUCAGCUUUACUCUUAAAGAUACAUUAUGGGAGAUUAGAUAACGAGUUGGCAGUUCUCACUAUAAUAGUUAAAAACUAGAUAAUGUAAAGGCAAUUUGCUGAAAAUUAAUUGAUCCACUAUAAACCGUGAAUUAAGCGAUUAAAAUUUCCGCCUAGCCUUGAACGUCAUUACUAAAGUCAGUAUGAUAAACAGCAUUGUCUCGAUUAUCCAUUUAAUCAUUAAAUCGUGAAGGAAAGUUAUGCAGUAAAUCAGCUCAUAAUCCACUAAAGAUCGCAGGCUAGCGAUGCCAUCUAGAUUUGAUUAUGGUCUGGAUAGGUUAAUUAAUGUCUAAUUAAUAAUUUAAAUAACAUUUCAGGCCUAAAGAAAGACCUGCAAUAGACAGAUUUAGCUCUUGCAUAAUGUAUUUUUAAAUAGUUGCCUGAAUGUUUUGGUUGUUAAUGAAUAUAAUGUUAUUGUAUAUAAAGAGGAAUAUUAUUUUAUCAUAAAUUAAUGAAGGCUAUGUAUUAAAUUCAAUUAUUAAAAAUAUGCAAACCAGAA